CUACCGAAUGCAGUGGGGCAGGAAUGGUGGGAAAGUAGGAAAGCGAGAGUGAUGCGGGGAUGUUCGGAUGGUGUGAAGGUAGCGUUGCUUUGUAGGGUCUUAGGUUAGGCUCCGAUAUUCCUUGGCCUUCGUUUCAUUCCAAACAUGUUGUUUACAAAGGCUUAGCUUAAAUACUUCCGUAAACUUUUACGUGUAGAGGGGGGAGUCAACGUGUCUGUUCAAAGCUCCGGCCGGUGCACAAUGCCAUAAGUGUAUAGGCUACAAUGAGGAGCGAAAUCCUGCAAAUGUCUCAUUGCUCUCAUCUUUUGCGACUAUGCCAGGCAGUUAUUGACUGUGGCUCGAAGACUAGGAAAGGUGGCGAGUGGAGCCGUCACAAUGGUUGGAGUUUGCCCCUGCAUCCACUACAGCUUGUGGCCUGGUUUUUCAUCUCCUACUUCUUGGUGAUGUACUUUGCUGUGUUGGUCCCCAGCUGUCCCAACGGUGCAUGGCAAAUUGGCCUCUCUGUUGUGAAUGCUGUCAUAGCCCUUGUUCAUUUUACAUCACAUGCCUUCAGCAUCACCAUUGACCCUGCAGACAGUAAUGUGCGAGCCAAAAAUGUGCAGGGUCCAUUGCCCCCCUUUGACCGCAACAAGCAUGCUCAUGUGAUUGAGAAUCAGUUCUGCUACAUCUGUGAAGUUAAAGUUGGAAACAGAUCAAAGCACUGCAGCACAUGUAACAAAUGCAUUGAAAAGUUUGACCACCACUGCAAGUGGCUGAACAAUUGUGUCGGCAUUAGAAAUUAUAGGUACUUUGCAGGGUGUGUUGCCAGUGCCCUGGCAGCCUGCCUUCUCACCUUUUUUCUCUCAACUGGUCUAAUCGUUGCCUAUUUCACCAAGAGCAGUUGGCUACAUCAGUCUCCAGUACCAAUAAAUGGGAACACGACUCUGCCCAAUGCUGAUACAGAAGAAAAGGGAGGUGUUUUCCGGGUUUUUGUGCCUGUGGACAAAACAGUGUGGCUGCUGAUGGUGGAGGUGUGUGCUGCAUUGUCCCUUUUAGCCAUUGCUCUUCUCAGUCACCUUCUGGGUUUCCACCUGUUCCUUGCUUUCAAGGGGUUGUCGACCUACGAUUAUAUCAUGCUCAAGCGAAGUGCUUUAUUUCAUGGAGCAGCAACUGAUGGCACAAAAAACAUUUUCCUGAAGUGGUGCAAGUCUAAGGCCAAUCAAGUUUCUCCGGCGCAGAACCAGAAUAAGGCUGCGUUAACCAGAAGAAAUGAAAUGCUUGAACUGAAUGGUAGCAGUGCAAACAAGGCAGACCCUGAAAAUGGAGCUCGGAAAGAUGAACGCACUAACAAUGUCUUGUGCCCAGGAGAUGUCUACGUCAGCAGUCCAUCUCACCAGCGAUACAUUCUGAAGGAGAUACAGAAGUCAAGGGUUAAAGUGGACCACAGGGCCAAAGUGAGCAAGGCCACCGAAGUAUGCGAGCACGGCAGCCGUGCCCCAGUGGUGGGCAUUGCCCAGCCAGGUAGCGACUGUGCUCGGGGUCAUCACAUGGACGGGGUCAGGCUGUGAGAGCGUGCAUGUUUGCACUGCACCUACUGCACUCCAGGCCUGUCCAGGUCAGCCUCUGCUGCACAAACACCUCACACGCUUCUAUGUCAAGCCGGCUGGGAUCCGCGGGGAUGCCGGCCGACUACGCUUUGCUUCAGCCUUGCACUUGCGAGCCUCUUAAUGGUGGACCUUUUGAAAUGCCCUGGCAAGUUCACCUCUACUGGUGUAGGACUGCUGUGUCUGGUGCUAGAAGCUAGAUCAGUCCCUGCUCUGGUGUAAUUGCACUAGGAGCUUCACUUAUAAAAUUAUGGUUGAAGUUAUUUUUCUAUUUAAUACGGUAAUUUUUUAGUUUGUACGCAUA